CGCCGGUUAAAAGUCGUUUGCGAGACUCCCCUGACCACGCGCACGUCACGCACACGGCCUCAUUGUCUUUAUGUUUACUGUCAUAUCCUCUCGUUGAUCUUGUCCUUAUUUUGGUAUUAGUUAAGAUUUAAGAAAAUAACCACACAUUAUUACAUAAUUCUGUUAUCAAUGAAUGUCUGGUAGAUUACCUACAAUUAUAUGUAUAUAGAAAACAAACUACCAAAUUCUUAUAUAAGUUGAAUUCUUAUACGAUGUAAUGUAAUUAAUAGUGAUUAUUUAUUUGGCAAGGUCCAGUUUGGAACAACCAUCAAUUACAAGACUAAGCAAUGAAAGGUCUAGGUGAAAGUGUUAUGUUUAUAUAUUUGUUGUGAUGUGACUUUUUAUCUGUGGCGGUUUACCGGUGAAGGUUCAGUUUUAUAUUGUAAAAUUUGAGAGGAUGAACGAGAAAAAACGAACGCGCCCGCGGCGACGGGAGACUUUCCGCGAACAACGCCAGGACUUGCUGCUGGCUUGGAACGAUGAGGUGUGCAAUAGCGAGGAGGUGCCCGAGGUAGAAAUUGUUAGUCUGCUACAAGAACAUAUACCAAAAUAUCGCCUGAGAGCCGACAGUCUUACGCAGUUUGGAGGGUACGAGAAUCAAGACUGGUUUAUUCCAUCGCCAGCGCUACCCUUGAGUUCGGACGAUCUUGCACUAACGCCUGACCAGAUCAGGGAGACGCUGAAUUACUUUCUUCUAUGCAGCAACAGAGUGAGCCAAAUGACAAAAACCUACAAUGACAUCGAAGCGGUAACAAGGCUCUUAGAAGAAAAAGAGAAGGAUUUGGAGUUGACGGCACGUAUCGGCAAGGAAUUAUUGACUGCUAAUGGGCGUCUGGAAGCUCGUGUUACAUCGCUCGAGGGCGACUUACGUAGCGCUCGGGACCUCAUCACACAGCUCAAACACGAUCUCACCACUAAAACAGAUUUACUGCAGGUGUUAACAAAUGACACAGAGGAAGGUACCUCCACGACGGAGGAGCAAGAAGCGGCUUGCGCGGCAGCACUGCGCAAACGCACAGGCGCACUGGAGCGAGAAAACAGGGCUCUACGAGAGGAGGCCGCGCGGCUUGCCGCCGGCACAGAUAGCGCCGAGCUGGCUGAGCAACAGCUAUUGCGGGAUAUUGCGCACCAACUCGCAAGUGCAAACUCGGAGGCUACCGUCUUGCAAAAUGAGUUGGAGGAGGAGAGACAACGAAAUGCGGAUCUGCAGCACCAGGUUGAUAGCACGAACGCAAGGCUCGCCGUCACUGAAAGAAAUUUCCAAAAGCUAACCGCAGAACACGAGCACACGAUAAGAAUAUUAGAUAUCACUAGAGAAAAUCAAAAUUCUCUUGCAACUGAGUUGGCCGACACGAAGGAGCGAUAUGCAGAAGUGGCUGCGCAUUUGGCGGAAGCGCAGGAGCAGCUGCGACAGCUUCGCAAGCGCGGCGAGCCGGUGCGCGGUCUCAUGCCGAGCGUGGCUGCUGCUGCGGGCCUGCUGCCGGCCAGCCUGCACCGGGAGAUGCAUUCCUCCGUCUUCUCGGAGCUCAGCCUCGACUCCGGCAUCGGCGAUCCGCUCGCACAGUCAAGUAUGCAGAAAGUGUUUGAAACCGUGCAGUGUGCAUCGCGGUGGUCGGGCGCGUCGCUGCCCGGGUCGGACGCGGCGGACGCGCCGGACGGGCCGUCCUCCGCCGCCGUCUACCUCAAGCCGCCGCCCAAACGCACCUCCAGUGACUCCUUCUUCGACGACGUCUCCGAUACCGAUUCCGAUGACCUCUAUCCUGGGGGUUCUGGCGUUGGCGUACCAGGAGCGCCGGGUGCAGCAGAGCUGGCGGCUGCUCUACGCCGCCUCACGCCGCACGAGAUCGACUCGCGACGCGCUUCACUCACCGCCUCGCAUGCACUGCGCCACCGCCGUCAUGCCGACAGAGACCUCAGCGAGGAGAGUGCGGUGUGGGGCGCGGGCGCAGCUGGUGGUCUGGCACGAUUCCGCGCUCCACACAAACUACAGAUAGUGAAGCCUCUGGAAGGAUCCCUCACAUUACACACGUGGGCGCAGCUCGCUAAACCCACCAUGUCAGGUCUUCUAGAAGAACAGGAGGGUGUAGGUGUCCGUGGCUCGAGGUCUGCGGCCGCGCUCGGCUUGCAAACGUACCGGCUGUCUGACGUGGAGGAGGACGACGACAUGCUGAGAUUACCGCACUCAAGCCACGUAUACACUUUCACAAACAGUACCGUGCUCCACCCGAACGACGGCAGCCUGGCUAGCACGAGCGUGAGCAGCGUGUGCAGCAGCGGCAUGAGCAGCCUCGCGAGCAGCGUGCUGGGCAGCGCGUGGAGCUCGCGGCGCACGUCGCGGCGCACGUCGGCCGCCGUGUCGCCGGUGCUGUCGCGGCGCGAGUCGUUCUGCGCGCCGCACUUCUCGCCCACGGCCACGCCGGCCAACAGCCCGCUGCUGGGCUCGCCCGACGCCUCGCCGCCCGCCACGCCGCGGCCCGGCGACGCGCCGCCCUCGCUGCACGCGCUCAUCGCCAGCGGCACCUCCAUCCUCCGCCGUCGGUACCGCGGAGCCUCCUCGCCCGCCGCGGACGCCGCGCCCGCGCCGCUCGCGCUUCAGACGCCCGGCUCGCUCUAUACGGGCCUCGUGCACCGCAGCCCUAUGGAGCAGCUCACCUGCCUGAAGCGCACGCUGCGCUCGCCGGCCGCCGCGCCGCCCGUAGACGUCGCCGCGCUGGCGCCGCCGCCGCCGCCGCUGGGCGUGCCCGCGCACCCGGGCGAGGGCGCUCUGGACAAGGGCGGGCGGCGGCCGCGCCCGCGCGCCGACCUGGGCACCGUGGAGCCGGCGACGCCGCCCGGCCCGGCAGUGAGGUCCGCCUUCGGCACGCUCAGCCUACUUUUCGGCCGGAAAGGUGGCUUGCUAUAAGAGCGGCCUCGACGCGAUCGAGUCCAUCUCAUCAGUUUUUCCACGGACACGGCGGUUUCGUUCUUUGUGAUUUAGUGAUAAACGUCCGGUUGUAUAAUGAUUCGUUUUCUAUUCGAUACGGUUUAUAUCGGCGACCUCAUUAUAUUUUUAUUUCGAUUUCGUAAAUAAUUUCGUUUUUCGAUUUUUAUUGCCUUUUGACGUGUAUUUUUAUUAGCAUUUUUAUAGAGAAUCGCCAUGUGCAUUUAUGUGGCUGGCCACGGGAUUGAAUAAUGAAUCGAUAGUUAUGUAAAGUCCUUCCUCCAGUCGUUUUCUUCUCUCUGAAACAUUCCUAUUAUUAUGAGUUGAAUUUCUUGUAGUACUUGUUCAUACAUAUAGAGAGAAAAAUUGCAAGGGCCAAGUGUGCGAUCCAAAAGCGCGCUAUUUGGAAAAUAUUAAAAUAAAGAAAACGAAAUAGAAUUCAUUUAUAUUAAAAUUGAUUUAAUUAUAUCAAAUUAUUAAAUACAAGUACCGCGACCCAUUUUAAAUCUUUCACAUAUACUUAAAAAAGUAGUGACUUAAUUAUAUUGAUUUUAGAACUGAGCAUGUCCCGUCGCUGAACACCUUAGUAUUAUGUGUAAGGGUUGUAUUUAUAUUUAGGUAGGUGAAAUAGUGAGACUUAACACUUAGGUUAUUAGAAGCUUUGAAAAAGAAUCAUAAAUCAACACCGAUAUUCAACAUGCAAUUAUGGCAAUAUUGUUACGAUGCCUUUGAUUGUUUUUAGUGUUGAUAAAUAUGUAUCAUUGUAAAUAAUCAAUUUUCCAUCAAUUUAGAAGAGUACAAAUUAUUUAUGUUUAUAUAAUAAAAUAUGGUAGUGUGUAUAUUAUUCUUGAUGAAUAAUACUAUAAAUGCAGGUAUUUUUUUUUACUUGAAAUUGUUUUAUUAAUUGAGAUUGUUAAUGUUAACAUCAAUAAUUUUUAUUAUGUAUAUAAAUAAAAGAAGGCUUGUUUCAUGCCAUCUUGACGUUUGGAUUAUUCCUUUCACAAAGGAUUAUUCGUAAUUUCUGGUCUUUAUUAUUUUAGGUCUGUAUAAAAAAUGGUGCAUGCCAUAGUAUAGUAAGUAUUUUUCAAAAUAAAGGUGCACCUAGUGAACUGCCGAUUAUCAAUAAUGAUUACAGCUAUCUCAAACUUAGUAAAAUGAUACUAGUUUAAUUUAUUCAAUUAUUGUUGUUAGGUUACUCAAACUGGUGCUAGUAUUAUUAUGUCGAUGAUGUUAAUUCACAUGUUUUAUCUUGCUUUACUUAGAUUAUUGUAGUUUUGGUUUCACAUCGUAUAUACUUAAAUAAAGUAUAAAUACAAAUUAAUAUGAAAACAUUGUCUCAUGAGAGUUCAUUCUUUACACACGACAAAUGAAAAAAUCGAUAUUAAUCGACAUCGCUCAUGUGAUUCAACAAGUGCAAUUUUUGCAUCUUUUUUUGUUCUAUAUCAUAUGUACGGUAUCAAUUACUUCAACGAUUUUUUCGUUUACCAACUGUCAAGGAGACAGAGAAUUUAAGUUCAUUGUUAUAUUCAAUAGUAAGUUUUGUCAUUGCAUUAAUUUAUUAAUAUAGUAUAAUCAAUGGAGAGUAAAUUUCGUAAUCAACAAUGUUAGGCUGUGAAGCGAUCAAAUGUUGAGAUGUUAAAAGAAUGAUGCCUAGACCUGAAAUCUACUUAGCAAGUAGGCACAAACUAUGGUGUAGUCAUAAGGGCAAUCUGAUGAGAUUUGACGAUUACAAUAAAUAAUAAUGAAUGAAUAAUAA